AUGGCAGAUCAUCCAAAAGUCCAUCCUAUCCAUGAUGAUGUUGAGGCACCAAACCAACCUUCAGCACCUUUGGUGUCUAAAUCUGAUAAUGGUGAUCCUGAAAAUGGGGUGCAUCCUCCUCCUCCUCCCCCACAAAGCACUUUACCUGUGAAUGUGAAGCCACCAAAGAAAAGAAGAAGCUGCUGCUGCAGGUUCCUGUGUUGGAUGGUAAGCAUAUUGCUGAUUCUGAUUGUGGCCAUUGGCAUCACCAUUGGGAUACUAUUCCUUGUGCUCAGACCAAAGAUUCCAAAAUACUCUGUGGAUGAACUGAGUGUUAGCCAGUUUGAUAUUUCUCAAAACAACAGCCUAUCUGUUACUUUCAACUUGACAAUUAUUGCUAGAAACCCAAACAAGAAGAUUGGAAUAGACUAUAGAGGUGGAAGCCACUUAAGUGGUUGGUACAAUGACACAAAACUAUGUGAAGGUGCUUUGCCAAAAUUCUACCAGGGUCACCGCAACACUACUGUCCUCAGUAUCCCUCUUUCAGGGCAAACACAGAAUGCAACUGGCUUGCAGAAUAAUCUGCUGCAACAGCUUCAACAAGCGGGUUAUGUUCCACUCAGUCUCAAGGUCAAACAGCCUGUGAGGAUUAAGCUUGGCAAGUUGAAACUGUUUAAAAUCACGUUCAGGGUUAGGUGCAGGAUCGUAGUGGAUAACCUUAAUGCUAAUAGUUCUAUUAGAAUUCGGAGCAGUAAAUGUAAGUUCAGGUUUAGGCUAUGA